AUGGCAUUCCCUUCCUCAUAUCAUCACGGAGACUCAGACGCGGACGACGAAUACGAGAGGAGUAUUGUCGUCUCACCCCGCCUCGCCGACGACUCUGAAGCAUCCCCCACCGAUUCCGAACCCCCCUCUACUGAAAAUACACCCACGGCUUUUGCAAACAUGCCCGACGAUCGCACAUCACCGACAUCCUCGAUAACGGAGUGGUCUGCGGAGGAGUGUGCGAAUUUCGCUUCGAGUCUUGGCUUGAAACAAUACCGUGAUUCGUUCAUAGAAAAUGAGAUUGUUGGAGAGGCACUUAUCGCACUGAGACACGACGAAUUGAAAGAGCUUGGAAUAUCCAGUGUUGGCCAUCGAUUAACCCUGUUAAAAAGCGUAUACGAGAUAAAGGUUAAGCAAGGAGUGCCGUUCGACUCGGACCAUUAUGUCCCUUUGUCUGCCGAGCAGAGCAAUGCGAAGGAGGUAGCCACACAGGAGGAUGUUGCGCUUCUUAUAAGGACUAUUCGGAAACGGGAUGAGAGACUCGCAGCGGCGGAAGCAGAGCUACGAAAAUUGGCGGAUGACUACCGAAGGCUCAGAGAGGAACUGCUACCGGUAUUCAAGAUGGCCAAGGACAGGUCGCAGCCGUUACCAUAUCAACCAACCUCAUCCUUCGGAGGUUCUACACUAUUAUCGGAUCAAUGCAUUCACGACCAACCCGCUACUUCCCCCUCGAUAAAUCAACCGGAGAAAACAGGCACUAGCCUCUCUAGGUCUUUUUCAAAGAAACUUUUUGCCGGAGGAACCACCCCCAAAACCAGCUCACCGACACAUAUCCCGCAGUCUAUACCAGAGGGCAGGACAUACACAGACACAUCAACUCUCGAUCCAUCUGCGGCAGCGAUGGCUGCCUCCUCUCAUCUGACGGCUUCCAUGAACGGUGGCCAGCCCUCGCCCAAAGGUAUCCCAUCACCUACCUCUCCCGCUAGCUUCUACCCACAACAGACCCUUGCAUCCCGAUCAUAUUCCCGCGAGACCUCAAGUAUCAACCGCUCCUACGACCAUCCAGAAGACCCGCAAUCACAACAGCGACAAGAUCGCCCUACACCAAACCAUCCAAACUCCAACAGCAAUCCUCCCAGCUCACGCAACCCCAACGAUGCCGCAGGCCCCAGUGUCGAGAUAUUCAAAUCCUUCCGGGUCUCCAUGGACGAUCCAUGUUACAAAGUUCUCCCUGCCGCCCUUAAGAAAUACAACAUACACGAAGACUGGCGACACUACGCCCUUUAUAUUGUCUACGGUGAUCAAGAACGCUGCCUUGGCCUUGAAGAGAAACCCCUAAUUUUAUUUAAACAAUUGGCCGGUGAUGGCCAGAAACCCAUGUUUAUGUUGAGACGACAGACACCGAUAAGCGACAGCACAGCAACAAAUAUAUAUCCCGGGGGUGGAAUUGGUAUCCCGCCGGGAAGUGCCGGCAUUGAAGGGGGAGGAGGAGGAAUUGGUAGGCCACAACCCGGAGCGAUUCAGCUACCCGGUGGUGUAUUAUGA